AUGGAAAACCGAACAAAAGUGACAGAAUUUAUUCUAUUGGGUUUUGGAAACCUUCACAGCUUCAGUAUUGCAUUCUUCAUUUUUUUCCUGAUCAUCUUUCUUCUUACACUUAUGGGAAACCUUCUGAUCAUAGUUCUAGUGUCAGUUAAUGUCCAGCUCCAGUCCCCCAUGUACUAUUUCCUGAGUCAUCUUUCUGCUUCUGAUCUCGUGAUUGCUUCAAACACUCUUCCCAACAUGCUUGGUGCCAUUCUUCUAGGAGGGAAAAAGAUUACUUAUCUAGGCUGCAUCACUCAGUUCUACUUCUUCAGUGGUACAACUGUUACUGAAUGCUUUCUCCUUCCAGUGAUGUCAUAUGAUCGAUAUUUGGCCAUCUGCAACCCCUUAAGAUAUUCUUGCAUAAUGGACUUGAAGUAUCGCAUCCGUCUUUCACUAUUGCCAUGGGUCCUGGGUCUUACGCUCAAUUUUGUCAUCGUCAUACCUAUAGCAAACUUUAAUUUUUGCCACGAUAAUAUUAUUGACCAUGUCUACUGUGACCUUUUGCCUCUUCAGAAGCUUUCUUGCUCAGACACUUCUCUUGUAGAACUGGAAGUCUUUAUUUUUUCUAUGCCAAUUUUUAUUUGCCCUUGUGGUUUUAUUGUUGGAACCUAUGUGUAUAUCUUCCUCACCAUAGUCAGGAUACCAACAACAACGGGCAAACAAAAAGCUUUGUCAACUUGUAGUUCUCAUCUUAUGGUUGUCGGGACAUUUUACGGGACACUAACAGCUAAAUACAUGAUCCCAUCUACAGGACACACCUUGCUUAUUAACAAAAUUGUUUCCUUACUGCACACUGUAUUUACCCCUUUGUUUAACCCUAUAAUAUAUAGUCUCAGAAACCAGGACAUAAAGAGUGCACUUAAAAAAAGUUUCUUGUAA